CAAUCACAAAAAUUAUCUAACAUUCUCCUGAGUACAAGAAUACACACACACACUUAAAAAAGAAUAUGGGAACCUCAAUUGGGUUGAGGCAUUGGCCUCAACUCAUUUAUGCAAUCGCAUUUUGUAUAAUUGCUAGUAGUGUUGCAGCUGAUGAUGAUAAGCCUUACUAUCAAGGCACCCCAAACAAUUACUAUCCACAUCCAACACCACCAAGUCAUUAUGAACAACAGCCACCAUAUUAUUUCAAAUCACCUCCAUAUUACUACAAGUCCCCACCUCCAUCGUCAUCAUCGCCACCACCUCCUUAUGUAGCCAAAUUCCCGCCAUAUUACUACAAAUCUCCUCCACCUCCAUCACCCUCUCCUCGCCCACCAUACAUUUACAAGUCACCACCACCUCCUCCAUAUGUCUACAAGUCACCACCACCUCCAUCUCCUUCACCUCCCCCACCAUACAUCUAUAAGAGUCCACCACCACCCUCUCCAUCCCCACCACCUCCAUAUGUCUACAAGUCUCCUCCUCCACCAUCACCCUCACCACCUCCACCAUAUGUUUAUAAGUCACCACCGCCGCCAUCCCCUUCACCCCCUCCACCAUAUGUAUACAAGUCUCCACCUCCUCGGUCUCCCUCUCCUCCCCCACCAUACGUCUAUAAGAGUCCACCACCACCUCCAUAUGUCUACAAGUCUCCUCCUCCACCAUCACCCUCUCCUCCCCCACCAUAUGUUUACAAGUCACCGCCACCUCCAUCCCCUUCACCUCCUCCUCCAUACGUCUAUAAGAGUCCACCACCACCCUCUCCAUCACCACCACCUCCAUAUGUCUACAAGUCUCCUCCUCCACCAUCACCCUCACCACCUCCACCAUAUGUUUAUAAGUCACCACCACCGCCAUCCCCUUCACCCCCUCCACCAUAUGUAUACAAGUCUCCACCUCCUCCGUCUCCCUCUCCUCCCCCACCAUACGUCUAUAAGAGUCCACCACCACCCUCUCCAUCCCCACCACCUCCAUAUGUCUAUAACUCUCCUCCUCCACCAUCACCCUCUCCUCCCCCACCAUAUGUUUACAAGUCACCGCCACCUCCAUCCCCUUCACCUCCUCCUCCAUACGUCUAUAAGAGUCCACCACCACCAUCUCCAUCACCACCACCUCCAUAUGUCUACAAGUCUCCUCCUCCUCCUCCACCAUCACCCUCACCACCUCCACCAUAUGUUUAUAACUCACCACCACCGCCAUCCCCAUCACCCCCUCCACCAUAUGUAUACAAGUCUCCACCUCCUCCGUCUCCCUCUCCUCCCCCACCAUACGUCUAUAAGAGUCCACCACCACCCUCUCCAUCCCCACCACCUCCAUAUGUCUACAAGUCUCCUCCUCCACCAUCACCCUCACCACCUCCACCAUAUGUUUAUAAGUCACCACCACCUCCAUCCCCUUCACCUCCUCCUCCAUACGUAUAUAAGAGUCCACCACCACCCUCUCCAUCCCCACCACCUCCAUAUAUCUACAAGUCUCCUCCUCCCCCAUCACCCUCACCACCUCCACCAUAUGUUUAUAAGUCACCACCACCUCCAUCCCAUCCACCUCCUCCUCCAUACGUCUAUAAGAGUCCACCACCACCCUCUCCAUCACCACCACCUCCAUAUGUCUACAAGUCUCCUCCUCCACCAUCACCCUCACCACCUCCACCAUAUGUUUAUAAGUCACCACCACCUCCAUCCCCUUCACCUCCUCCUCCAUAUGUCUACAAGUCACCACCUCCACCAUCACCGUCUCCUCCACCUCCAUAUGUUUAUAAGUCUCCACCGCCACCAUCACCUUCACCCCCUCCACCAUAUGUAUACAAGUCUCCCCCUCCACCAUCUCCUUCACCACCUCCACCAUACAUCUACAAGUCACCACCACCGCCAUCACCUUCACCACCCCCUCCAUAUAUCUACAAGUCACCACCACCACCAUCUCCCUCCCCACCACCUCCAUAUGUCUACAAGUCUCCACCCCCACCAUCCCCUUCUCCUCCUCCACCAUACUAUUAUAAGUCCCCUCCUCCUCCUUCUCCUUCACCACCUCCUCCAUAUGUCUACAAAUCUCCACCUCCACCAUCUCCUUCACCUCCUCCACCCUAUGUCUAUAAGUCUCCUCCACCUCCAUCACCCUCACCGCCUCCUCCUUACAUUUACAAGUCCCCACCUCCACCAUCUCCAUCGCCUCCUCCAUAUCAUCCCUACCUCUACAACUCGCCUCCACCUCCCAUUUAUUAAUCUUCCGGCUAAAGCUAUUUGAAAUUUUUUCAAUGAAUUAUGUCAAACAUUAUUGUGGUUAAUUUGUAUUUAAGCUUUUGUUAAUAAAACAGUCUACAUUCUACGGUGAUCUAAGGGCCUUAUUUUGGCUCUAGUUCAUUUGUGCAUGUAUAUUGUUAAUUCAUAUGUCAAUAUUUAUCUAUUUCUCUCAAUUGAAUUUCAAUUUUUUAC